GGGCAGUACAUAGAUGCUUUCUUCCUCUCCCCAGUGAUGGCCAGCCCUAUCCCCACUCCCACCCUGGCCGGGCUCCUAGCACUCUCCCGCCCCCAUACCCUCCGGCUUCGCAUCCCCUCCACCCCAUCCCUCCCUCCCGCCCCCACCCCCUCCUGGGCUCCUCUAUGCUUGAUAGCUCUUCUAAUUUCUCUACACCCUCCUCUGGCACUCGAGUCCCCGCCCAGCCCACACCACCCUGGGCUACUACUAAGCCGGGCUUCCUCUGCCACUCACACAAGCUCCCCAGCUCAACUCUCCCGCCGGGUCCUCCCUUACUCGGAGAGUUCUACACCUUGAAUUUGUGCUCUCCCCCACCCCCCCUGGCGGGCUUCCCCUCGAUCCCUACCCAUAUUCACCUUCCCCAGGACCUUCCAGGCCCCUGCUAACUUCCUGGUGCACCAUGCCCAGGCCUGUCCUGACUGUCCUCCUUCUGGCUGUGGCCGCCCUGCCCUUAGGUAGUUCCCUGAGCUGUUUCUCCUGCUCCAAGCCCACAGCUCUGUCUCUCUGCACUGAUGUAGCCAACUGUUCAGCAGCAGAGGGAUGGUGCCAGACCACUCUGCUGCCCGUGCAAUCUGGUUUCCCCUUCAUGGAGGAGAAGACUGUUCAGCGAGGGUGUGUUGCCUCUUGUGCCUCCACAGACCAUGAUGCCAUUGGAGAAUUGAAGCCCAUCCUCUGUUGCAACACUGACCUCUGUGUUGAUAAUGGUGCCCUGGUGUCCCAGGGGUCUGGCCUCAUCCUAACUGGAUUCCUGUUUGUCCUGCUCAGUGCUGGCUGAUGAGGGUAGGGUAGGUCAGGGUCAGAUUGCUACGCACUUGAAAUAAUACCUGAAAGCUUGAACCUAUGGAUUUAUACCAGCUGUAUGAGGGGAAAACACUAGAUCAUGGUGGGGGAGAAAAGGAAGUGAUGGGAGGAAAGAUCUUUUCCUGGAUGCUCUGGAUGGCUUUGCUAGAAAAUCAUGUCCCUUUUCCUCAGGGGGACCCUAAUCAGAGUGACCAAUUUGGGGGAAGAGUCAAGAUAUUUGUCCCAAGGAAAUCUCUAAUCUGAUGAAAAAUCUAAUCUGUAUUGUCAGCAGAGCCUACUAGAGAGAAAGGAAAUCAAUGAGAUAGAUACCUGUUCAUUGUGUCUCUUUGGGGUGAAACACCAAACAGAUGGGAAAACAAUUAGCAAUUUUAUGGGUUAUAUUUCUCUUCACCCUUCUUGUGAAUAAGCUGCUGGGUCUUCUAAUAAUCAAUGCCUUUCCUAUAACUCUAAGUACCAGUAUCACAUGGGUAUGGCACAUACAUUCUAACUCAUGGGGGCUGAUAAAAUCACUGAGCAAAAUAAUAAAGAGAGAGGGGUCUGCCUCUGAGGGAAUGGCCUCAGAUAUUCUUUGUGAGAUCUGUCUCUAGUUUCUUGAAGUAACCCUUUCAAGUUGUAUUGAGAGGCUUGAACAAAUAUUUGACUGCUUUGAAGGGUUUCGGGUAAACUGGAUGAGGAGAGAGGGAAUAGGAGGCCCUGUUACAAUCCUACAUUAUCCGUAGUCUGAAAGGAUAAUUAAUCUGCCCAAACAGAUUUCUCCAUCCCUUCCCAACAAAAACAACUCCUUCUAUUAACUUACUUAUCCAUUUGACCUAAAAGAAUUAUGAAGGAAUAAGUUCAGGAAGGCACGGAAGAAUAAGGGAGCUAUGCUCUCCUUCUGAGAGUCCACAGCCCUCCCUUAGAGGUCUGAGAUGUCUUUUCUUCAGAUUGAGGGAAGUAGGAGAUGUAUGUUUGGAGGGAGAUCAACUAUAAGCUUGAAGGAAGAAGCAGAAUCAUCUAAAGUGGCUUUGGAAAUUCCUCAGCCUCCCAAAACUGGUCCUGAUAGGUCCAGGUCCCAGGUCAGAAGACCCCAAAGGCUCCUCAGAACCCUCUCAGAACAGUUUUUUCUUCCCAGAUGCCUUUGUUCUCCAACUGCCACCAGUUCUCUCCCAGUCCUCCUCUCAGAGUUCUAAAUCUUCCUUGCCCCCAUCCUUAAACUGGCUUCAUCUAAGAUGACCCACUGACAGACAUAUCUUGAACCCCAGUCAUCACACCCUCUUAUAGGAAAAUCAGUCUCAAUAGGCUCACUGUGCAUGGCCCACUUUCACUAACCAUGGCAUCCAGUCCCUAAAGAAUCAGACUCUACAGGUGGCUCCUGUUUUCUUGGAGAUACCACAGCUAAAGUAUUGCACAGGAAAGGAAUGGCCUCUGUAUUCGACCCUUCCCACUCCUCAUCUCAACAAAGAUUUCCUUCAGGCUAGUGAUCUCUUUAUGGAAUUCCUCAACCAAUAAGCAGCCUCCUCUUCUUUCACAUCUUCCUCUGAAUCUCCCCAAGAUGAAUCAUUGUUUGACACAAAUAGUCCAUGUGCAUCAUGUGGACAGAUCUUUAAGUCUGUCUGCUUAUUCAAUUGAACAGAAUUUCUAGGUUUCUGAUCACCAAGGAAUUUGACUAGGUCGCCUGUGGUGUUAGUAGCAAGGAUUUGUGAGAUAUCACUUUUGAAGAGUUCUGACCAUUCCCUAAGCAAUCACCUGGUACACCCUCUCUCAGGAGUCGAAGUCCUGGGAACUUUAAUCACCCCUAUCCUUGAGGUCUAGAGCCUCAUAGGAAAUGUAAUCUUUUCCCUGAACUAAAUCCCAAUGAACUAGCUUUUCCCAUCACCCAGAAAAAUAAUUCAAACCCAACAUCUAGUUCAUCCUCAUAAAUCAAGAUACACUGCUUUCUUCACACUGGUCGCUUUCUUUAAUUCAAAGGGUUUAUAGCUCAAAAAUACCUUAGAUCUUGUAGAUUCCAUUUUACAGAGAAAAAAAGCUGAGGCCCAGGGAUGUGUAUAUGUAUUAUAUUUCCUCGUCAGACAAUCUUUGGCAGAUUCUAAAUUCUUGGAGAUGAAGAAUUGUAUUGUUUUUCAUCAUUAUAUACUCACGGCUAAGCAUGGGGGGGUACCGCAUGUAAAUAUUCAGUCAAUAUGGUAAGUGCCUUGUCCAAAUUCACACACAUAAAUGUAACCUGGGUUCUAAACCCAGACACUCUGAUUCCCAAUCCAAGGCUCUCCCCCAUUACACCAGGCUAUAUUUAUCAUCUUGAGGUUGGUAAAGAUGCUAAUCAAGGCAAAUGUUUGUGACAAUGUCCAGUGAGUUCUGUCCUAUCCAUGAGUUCUUCUUUUUCCCCAUCAUGAAUAAAACCUUCCAAAGCAAACACCGACUCCAGUGAUGGAGAGUUCCCUGAGGACAGGGACCAUUCAUUUGUUUCCACAGUGCUUAACACAGUGCCUGGCACAUUGUAGGCAACUAUGAAAUGCUUGUCGAUGGACUGAUUAACUGAAAAAGAGAUGGCGAGUGAUGGAAUAGUAGUGAAGGACCAGGAAUAGCAGCCUUAGAAAGGAGGACAUAGGAUUUAAGUGAAUCCAGAAAAGACAACAUUGGAGCAGAGACAUGGUUAGUCGUGAUCCAGGAAUCCUCCUUGUGUUUUCCUGGAGGAGUCACCCCACCAAUACACGGUCUAUUUCUACCUAUUCAUACUAUUGCUUAUCCCUAGAAUAUCCUCCCCAUCCUUAAAUUCCUAUCUAUCCUUAAAAGACCAAUUCAGAUGUCACCUUCUCCAGGAAUCCUUCUUGGACCUCCCUUCACCCACCUCUGUCAGUGAUGGCUUCCUUCCACCUACCUCCAAAUCGCACAAAACAAUUCUUUAUAUAUCUGUAUGCCCAUUAUAAAGUUACAUGCCUAGGAAUCAUGGAUCUUCAUACCCUCAGAAUAUCACAGCUAUAGGUGACCCAAAUCUCAAUAGAUGUGGUCCAAUGGUCAGCAAAUUGUGGCACAUAUAUGCUGAUGAUUUGUGUGUAAGAUAUAAAGGACAUCAGAGAUGAUUUAUAUGACAGGGAAAGAGGGCAGUAGAAAGAGACUUGACUCUGAGGUCAGAAGACCUGGGUUCAAGUCUUCUACUUACUAUCUCUGUGACUUUGGGCAACUUAUUUCAAGUCUCUGAACUUUUAAAAUUAAGAGUUUUGGAUUAUGUGAUUCCUAAGAUGAGCUCUAAAUCUAUGACCCUAAUUAUGGUUCACUGCUGCCUUACAAGCCACAAAAGGACUAAAGGCAGGUCAUCACACCAUUGGAUGUAUCUUUUCUAGAAUAUUGGGUAGGUAUCAGUGAAUUGAGAGCCAGGCUUAGAGAUGGGAGAUCCUCAUUUCAAAUCUGGUCUCAGAUACUUCCUAGCUGAAUGACCAUGGGAAAAUCACCUUAGUGCCAUUGCCUAGAUCUUACCACUCUUCUGCCUUGGAACCAAUAUAUAGUAUUGAUUCUAAGACAGAAAGUAAGGGUUUAAAAAAUAAUAUUGGGGAGAAGUUCCAUGGAGACUGGAACAAACUCCAGGAAGUGAUGCAGAGCGAGAGGAGCAGAACCAGGAGAACAUUGUACACAGAGACUAAUACACUGUGGUAUAAUCGAACGUAAUGGACUUCUCCAUUAGUGGCGGUGUAAUGUCCCUGAACAACUUGCAGGGACCCAGGAGAAAAAAACACCAUUCAUAAGCAAAGGAGAAACUAUGGGAGUGGAAACACCGAGAAAAAGCAACUGCCUGAAUACAGAGGUUGAGGGGCCAUGACAGAGGAGAGACUCUAAAUGAACACUCUAAUGCAAAUACUAUCAACAAAGCAAUGGGUUCAAAUCAAGAAAACAUCUAAUGCCCAGUGGACUUACGCGUCGGCUAUGGGGGGUGAGGGGGGGAGGAAAAGAAAAUGAUCUAUGUCUUUAACGAAUAAUGCUUGGAAAUGAUCAAAUAAAAUAUAUUUUAAAAAAAUAAUAAUAUUGGGGAAAAGACAUAGACCAGACUUAUACAAGGUAAGAGGUAAGAUAGCAUAAAUGAAUAGGAGUAUCCACACUUCUGUAGAACAUUGAUUAAUAGAAGUAUUAAAAUAAUGCACUGGACAAGAAUUAUUUUGAAGAAUAGUUAUUUGUGUCUGUUUCUCUUUGUAAUUAAUUUGAUUUAUCAAGUUUUUAGAAGCUGUACCAUUUGGUACAAUGCAUAUCAUAUCAGCCACAGAUAAAUCUAAGGAAAAAAUAAAUGAGAAUUUAGGAGCCUGCAUAGAAUUUUAGCAAAAUUAGAAGUGAUAAUUCUUUGGUAAUUAUUGAAAGGAAAAGAAGGAAAUAUACAAAUUCUGAGUUAUAUAUAACACCUUUAAAAAGUUUAUCAUAUUUUAGGAUAUGAAAAUCUAACAAAAAUGCAGAAAUAUACAUAUUUUUACUCAUUAUGAUAUAAUAAAAAUUGUUAUGGUGUCACUGGGUAAAAAUAUUAAAAAUUUACUAGAGGCAAAUAAUAGCAUUACUGGGCCUAGAGUGAGGGAAACAUGUUCAAAUCCAGGCUCAGAUGCUUACUUAGCUGUGUGACCCUGAGUAAAUCACUUAUCUUCUGUCUCAAUUUUCUCAUCAGUGAACUGAAGAUAAUAAUAGCAACUUCUUCUCAGGGUUGUUAUAGGGACAAAAAAGAUAUCAUAUUUGUAAAAUGCUUUGUAAACUUGUUUUUGUUAUUAUUACAGUGUUCUUUAACCUUGAUAAACCACUGCUAGGCCAAUACUGGAAUGUAUAUCAAAAUACUUUGAUCAAAGAAAGAGAAAAAUGUCUCAUAUAUACAAAGAUAUUUAUAACAUCUCUUUUUGUGUCAGCAAAAAAAUACUAGAAACUCAGGUGAUGCCUAUCAUUUGAGGAAUAGCAAAAUAAAUAGUGACAUAGCAAUGUAAUGAAAUAUUAUUGUCCUAUAAGAAAUAAAAAUAGAUGAUUACAAAGAAACACGGAAAAUAUAUUAAUUAAUGAAGAGUGAAGUGAGUAGAAUCAUAAUUACAAACUAUACUAUACUAUCAAUAUUAUAAAAAUGAGCAAUUUUAUGAACUGAUGAAAUAAUUAAUGAAUAAAAUAAAGAACAAUGUAUAUAUAACAAUACUGUAAAAGCAAAUAGCUUUUAAAUUUCUAAGAAUGUUGAUCAAUGCAAUGAUCCUUCGUGAUUACACACACAGGACUGAUGAUGAAACAUGCCAUCUAUUACAGAAAGGCAAUGGAUUUAGGGUACAUGAUGAGGCAUAUCUUUGUCUCUGUCUGUCUAUAUCUUUGUAUUUUCAUUGAGGGAAUUUGCUUUUUCUUAAGUGUGCAUAUUUGUUGCAAAAAUCAUUUUUCCCAGUAGAAUAGAGGAUAAAAGAGAGAGAAAAUAAAUUUCUGUUGUUUUUUUAAACAGAGAGAUGGAUGUUGGCAGAAGGAAAAUUGUUUUAUUGCAUUGGUACUACUGGUGAAAUGCUACAUGCACUUUCAGAUGAAGUCACUGUAUUGAGUAUUACUUCAUUGUGCUUCUUUGUUAUGAGAAGAGAUCUCAGGAAGUGGGAGUAAUCUAUAAAUGUCUGUGAUGUAAAAACAAAGCACAUAUAAAAAUCUUUUUAAAAGUUA